AUGAGUGGUUUUAUUCUUGGCAAAUUAUUAAAAGUAUUUUUAAAGGACUUCAUUAAUGUGAGCGACAAAAACGUCAAGUCGAGCUUCACAGAAGUUUAUUUGACAAACGUCUCGAUCAAAAACGACUUCUUAGAAACACUCAAUGUCCCAUUCACACUAAAGGAGAACUUAAUUAAGACGGUUACAAUUAAGACGGACAUUAGAGGAAUCUCCGCAUUUGCUUUGGUCGAUGGCGUCACCAUCGACCUCGCUCUUAAAAACUCGUUUGUCGAGUCAACAAAGGAAGUUGAUUUAGAAGAGAUUAAAAUCCGCGUUAUUAAAAAAUUUGAGGAGACUAUCGAGAAAAUAGCGAACAAUGAAAUGGGCGGAUCGCUUGCGUUUUACGUUAAAAUGUUGAUUGAGAAGAUCGACCUUCUCAUCACGAACAUCAACAUCACCUUUUCCGAUGAAAAUAGCGCGUUUUCGCUCACUGCAAAUUCGAUUCGAUACGAAGACGACAAACUCCAAACAGCACAGAAAAAUGAGAAGAAAAAGGGGUACAAAACAAGGAAGUUCAUUAUAGAAAAUCUGAGUCUUACACAUACAUACAAUGGAAAUGCAUCAGAUAUACUUAACCUCCCAAUCUGUCCAGUCAGUGUGUCAUUGAUCGAGGAAGGAACGGGAAGAGUAACAUUUUCAAUUGAUCUUGAUAACAACUCAAUCGUCUGCGUAACAAAGGAACAGUACGACCACCUCAUGAUUUCGAUGUCGAAGUUGGCAUUCUUUUCACAAACAAAAAACUUCAUUCAACUGAGACCAAAAGCGACAGUCGAACAAGACAAGAAAGCUUGGUGGAAAUAUGUUGUAAAUGCAGUUAAAAUACUAAAAGCGCAGAAUACAACAACAACGGAAAGAACAGAAUUGGUCAAUUCAGUGAAAGAAAAAUAUAUCGCGUUGUACUCCCAAUGGAAACUUAAAGGAAAUCAAAAGCCUAAAGAACUUGUCGAUUUGGACAUACAACUUAAUUUGAAUGAAAUUAUUAAAUUGAGAUAUUCGGCGUUCCAAUCGAUGAGAGAACACACGAAAACAAAACAACAGGUGAGAUCGUUUUGGGAAAAGGAGGGAUUGAACAAGAACCAACUUGAAGAAAUUUGCAAAUACUUUGAAAGAGAGAACGACGCCGUUUCAUUGCAAUCAGAGAAGUUUGGUAUAUUUGUUCGAGUCGAAAAUGUCGUUGUGAAGAUCGAGAACGUUUUCACUGCGAAUGUGCGUGGCGUGUAUUUUGGAGGAAGAGUCUUUGGAAAGGGCUUUAACAUCGAAAUUCAAUGCGACGGAUGUGAUGUCCUCGAGAACAUCACAAAACACCCAAAUGUGUUACAAAAAGUUGACCAAAAGGAACAUAUCUUUGAAAUGAAUAUCACAAGACCGAUUGUUGGACAUACACUCGAUGUCAAGUUUAAUGUAAAAGAAACAAAAGUUGUGAUAACCAAAGUGUUGCUCAUGCAAAUUGCAAAGUUUCUACAAUUGCCGCAAAGUGCGGAUGCGACUUUGUUGAAGUUAUUCACACUCAAACAGUUGAGGAAAAUGUACGACUUGGCCACAAACGAAAUCAUUCAAAUCGCAAACGAAAAAACAGUGAAAAUAUCACUUAACGGAAACGUCGAAGCGCCAACAUUGUGUUUUCCUUUGAUGCACGACAAUGUUGUGACGCCGUUUGUUAAUGUCAAAUUGGGAGAAAUUAGUGUGGAGCCAUUGGACACUUCGGAAAAUCAAAACACGAAAUUCUCGUGGAAAAAGUUCAAAAUUGAACUCCAAACACAAAGUGGUAAAAUUAUCGAGUUAGUUGAUGGGGUGUCUGGUAAUUUGAUGUUCUCGUUCCCAACAAAUGAAAUAAACGCAGUCGGACAAACAGACAAAGUCAAAAACACAAAUUUGGCCGCCCAGAAAGACCAACCAAUUCCACCAAAAUGUUUGGUUGACAUUUUCUCGACUUUUGAGCCAUUACGAGUGAAUAUCGACAAGGAGAAAAUUGAUUUUAUGAGAGAAAUGGUCGAAGAGUACAUGAGCGGUUGGGACUUGGUGUUCCCAGACGAUCACAAUGAUUAUGAAGACAACGACACAGUCGAAAUUAAACAAAAAAGUUCUCAAAAAUUACAACGGAAUCUUCUCAGCUUUUCUGGGCUUCUCCAAGAGGUCGAAGUGUCUUAUUCUGAAGACAAAGAUCUUUCAAACCCAAUGGUCACUAUUGCCAGAAUGAAGGGUGUCCAUCUUAAAAUAUUAGGAAAGGACACUGAAGCAACACUCAAUGGAAGUAUUGAAGCACUUGAAGUGUUGGGAAAGCGCAUUUGCGAAGGCGAAAUUGACACCAACGAAAAGGAAAUUUGCUCGAUAAAAGGAAAGGAAUAUGGCUUGAAGUGGGAUGUGUUGCUCGACACGGAGGCAAAGUCUUUAAAAGGGAAUUUUGAUGUUUCAAAAGCAAGUGCUGUUUAUAACGGACGUUUAAUUGGUGGUAUAAUGAGGAGUUGCAUGUCGACAUUAGUCUCUUUCAAAACUGACACUCGUGACCCUCAAAAGAAGGAACAACAGCUUCGUGUUGUACUGAAAUCGCCAAAAAUUGUAAAAGGAGACAAGGGGCACCGAAAAUUCGGGAGCAUCCAAGGUACAGUUCAAAUGGAUUUUAAUGUUGGGGAGAUAGACCUUUCGAUACAAAACGAACGAUUCAACGAUGUGUGUAGCGGUGUUGUAUCAUCAAUUCACGUGUCUGUUAAAACGGGAAAUGAUAGUUCGGUUGUGUUAAGUGUUGGGAAUAUCAAAAUGUAUGAUGUGGAAAACAAUGUAACGACAAAGGAAAUACUAUGGAACGAAAGAAAGUUGAUUGAGUUCAAGUACUCUAAGUCCAUCAUGCAAAACACUUUACAUUCUCAAAUUGAAGAAAUUGGUGUUCACAAUAUCGACAUGAAGAUCAAUUCCAUUCAAUGUGAAGCAAGUCCACAUUUUGUUGGGAAGGUGGUCAAUGCAAUACUUCAAAGAGAUGUGGUUGAGAUGUUUGAUGCCGAAGAAGUUCAAAGGGAGCUCUCUAAAGGCUAUAAAAAUCUUGCACUUGGAGUUACUUCUGUUGUCAAAAAAUUUGCACUUAAAACAAAGAACGCCAUUUCUCUUAUUAAUCCGAACAUCUCAAUUGAAGCUCCUAAAAUUAUUCUAACUGAUGACUUGUUCCAGAACGCAUUGAUCGUGUCACUUGGAAAUUUUGAGGUUCAAAAUUCUUAUGUCUUUAACAACAGUUGUUUAUGCCAAAAUGUUACAGUGACUAUUUCAGAGUGUUCUGUCGAUUCAAAGGAAAAUAACGUGGCCAACGAACUUCUCAACAAAAUAACAGGCAAAACGGAUGUGGCAAUUCAGUGGAACAUUGACGAACACAAAAUAGAAGAAUGUGAUAUCACUUGCAAUUUUGAAAACACGAUCGGGUGUAUUGUUAAUUCUUCGCAGAUCCUUUUCGUACGUGGAUACAUCACUUCGUUGAUAUCCAAUUUUGAAAGAAACGUGAUUCAGAAGAUAAAAUGUCUGAGACCAAACAAUUUGUCACUUCCAUUAAAGUCUAUUAAGGACAAAACAAUUAAUACGAAAGAUAGCGUUAAAAUUGGUUUCCAGUUAGUCGUGAAAAACAUCGAGUUCACAUUCUGCGAUUUAAAGAAAGUUGGUAAGGUCACUGUUUCAAACAUUUCAUCAAACUUCCAACUUCAAAAAACCUCCAAUUUUGUAUUUGAGUUGACAGUUGAAAAUGUCACCAUUGAUGAUCUUCGCCCAGAAUACGCACACACUUUUACGCGCAUCUUUGAACGACUUGACAAUGGAAAUUUGAUAGCAAUACAUUCAGAAGGGAAUUUGAACACAUU